AAUUUUAUGUUGUAUCCAUUUUAAUUUAUAGUUAUAUGGUAUUUUAACUUUUUUUUUUAAACAAUCAUAAAAUUCUGUAAGCAGUGUCAAACUAUUAUAUUGCUGUAAACUUUUCAAAAAUAACUUUAAAUAAUAAUAGUAUUUUUUGAAUUGUAAAACCAAGAAUCAAAAUGUUUCAUUCAGUGUGGAAGUUUGCAUCACACCUGUACCGCCAAUAUGAAUUGAACACAGCAAUAUAUAUGCUUGAGCCUAAGGAGAAAUUGGCCAUGAAUGCCUUUUUCUUAUCCAUUCUUGGUCUUGUUACAUACUCUUCAUAUGUAUACUUACCUCAUUACACAUCCACAAUGCUUGCCUUCUUCGGAAUUAUUGACAUUGAAAAUUAGACUUUUGGACAAUAAGCAUUGCUUUGAUGAAUCAGGUAUUAUAAAUUUUCAUUACUGCUUAAACCAAGGCGGCAUUAUUUAUUUGAAAUUAAUUCUCACUUCUUUUCAUUAAGUGCAGGUAUUUAAAAAAUUGCUUAUUAUGUUUUGGCUUUUAUUUCAUAUAUUGCAUAUUAGACUGGACCUAAAUAGUUUUAAACGUAAUACUGUUGAUUUUUUAUAAUACUAUUGCUUAUCAUGGCAUCCAAACCAAAGCUAGCCAAAACCCUGUCUGUGUCCAAACAGCGGAAAACAAUUAAGGGAGUCCAGAAGCCUAAAAAGAAUGUUGUAAAAAACACUCUAGACAGCCCCUUUGCCUUAGACUGGCCUGUUUUAAGUACCAAGCAUGAAGAGGAAAUUAGAUCACUUUUACAAAUGGUAUGCUCUGGGUUGAAGAAACUCUCAUGUAAACCACCAUGGAAGGAACUAAAAAAACUCAAAGGUGCAGCAAGGAAAGCUUUUCGUAAAGAAUACCUGCAGAAUUGGCAAGAAAGUUUAGAUACUGAUGUUGUCAUUGAGAACAGAAAGAAGGAAGAAAUCUUGUCUCAUUUGAUUUUUGGCUAUAAUGCUGUCAUGAGGGCUCUAGAAAAAGAUUCUUUAGCUGGAGUCUUUGUUAAAAAAAAUGUGGAGCCCACUUUUGUAGUGAAAACAUUUCUUCCUGGUUGUGCAAAUAAAUGUAUUCCUCUAAUUCCAUUAGAUGACCUUGAUAACCUGCUUAAAAAUGAAAGCAUGCUUGCUUUGCCACAUGCAUGCAUGGUGCUUGGAUUGAAACCAUCUGUCAGAGAUGAGAGUAAUCGAUUUUAUCCAUUGUUUGCCAAGAUGUGUGAAGCUGUUGAUGUCCACAUUGAAGAUGAUGUGAAUGAAGAAUUUGACAACAGGAUGGAAUGCAUCAUAAAAAAUUCUGUUACAGAGGAUAAAGAAAAUCAAACUUGCAUUUCCAGCAAUUUCUUAACAGAUGAACAAAUCCAGUUAUAUCACUUAAAGCGAACUGAUAAAAAUAAAAGAGUAUUCAUUCCAGGGGAAAUAAAGGAGCAAAAGAUUGAUGCUGUGGCUUUUGGGUCAGAUUUUAUUGGCUUUGAAUCUAUUAAAAUUGACGUGCCAGUUCAAGGAGAGCAAUUGCAACUUGGUAGAGAAUCUGCAUUGACUAAGUUGAAACUAAAAAAUUUAGAAAAAAAGGGACCUUCUUUCAGUUCUCUAGAAACUAUGGACCUGAGUAAUAUAUUAUUUAUUGAUGAUAAGGGAGACCAGGAAGAAGAUUGUGUGAAACAAAAAAGUAACAGUUUAGAAGCAACAGCCUCUUCUAAAAUGAAAACGUCUCCACUUAAAAAGAUGAAGAAAAUGAAGGCACGUAUUUCUCCUUAUGUGUCUGCUACAACAAAGAGAGUGAAAAACAACCAGAAUAGAAAAACCCUCAGAAGUGGUAAACUGUUGAAUGAAAAGUAAGUCAUCCUGAAGACCUGAAAAGUUAAGAAAUUUACCUUUUCACUGGUAAAUAUAAUUUUAUAUGCAUUUUUCAUACAAAAGAAAUGUGGUAAAUAUUUAGUAAUGUACAUUUUACAUACUUUGGAAAUCUUAUUAAAUUUCAGAGGCAUUUGCAUAAUUCUGCAGUAUUCUACUCAGUGGUUUUGCUUUCAUGUAAGGUAAAGUAGCUAUAAUUUGCUACUAUAAAGAAAAGAUUUAACAGUGAGGACUGCUGUAACAUUAAUGAAUGAGAAGUAGAAGCAAAGAAGCAGGAAUUAACAAUAAAUGGUGAAAAUUAAACUUUAACACACACUGUACUGAGAUCAUUAUCUUAAGAGGUGCUCUAGAGUGACUUUCAAGAAUUUACUUAGGCCAAAAAUACAUUCCUUUCCCCCUUAGAAGACAGGUGUACUAAGUAAAUACUAUUUAACUUAUGAAAAUCAAGAAUUUUCUGAAAGAAUGUCACUCCAAUGCUAAUGCAUAAAGUGUAUUGUUUGCUGGUUAUUAAUUAGAAUACCUACAAGAGCACCAUACAGUUGAUUCCUGCAACCUGUUAAUGUUAUUAAAUAUUUGUAUUUAGCUGUUGUUAAUAUUAUUGAGCACUUGUAUUUACCUGUCUGCAUUCCUUUCUCCAUAUAUAUAAGUUUUACUGAUUACUAAUUUAGUUUUGAUUGUGCCCUGGUCAUUUAUUUUCUAAUUUUGUAGAUAAAUAAAAUGUAUAUUACUGUA